UUCCCAACACUAGCAAAUUGGCGUUCUUCUUUUCAAAUGUGUUUGGCUUGUUUUUGUUUAUUUAUGAGAAUAAGAAUAAAAAGUGAAUGUAAAUCAAAGUAAACUAUGCUGCCAUAUCGAAAUUUUGGAGAAACCAUCGAUGAAUAUGAAGUACAGCACCUGCUGGGUAAAGGAGGCUUCGCCUGUGUUUACAAGGCAAAAUGCCUGCGUACACAUCAAAAUGUGGCAAUUAAAAUGAUUGACAAGAAGCUCAUACAGGGCUCAGGCUUAUCGAAUCGCGUUAGACAAGAAGUCGAUAUACAUUCCAGGCUGAAGCAUCCGUCGGUGUUGCAGCUGUACACAUUUUUCCAGGACGCCAACUAUGUCUACUUAAUCUUAGAACUGGCCGACAAUGGUGAACUGCAUCGCUACAUGAACCAGCAAAUGAAGCGUCCCUUCACUGAGGACGAAGCGUCUUCUAUACUGCGGCAGGUUGUAGAUGGUUUGCUGUACUUGCACUCGCACAACAUCAUGCAUCGGGACAUAUCACUUUCCAAUUUACUGCUCAGCAAGGAUAUGCACGUAAAAAUCGCCGACUUCGGUCUGGCAACCCAAUUGAAGAGGCCCGACGAACGACACAUGACCAUGUGUGGUACUCCUAACUAUAUUUCCCCGGAAGUUGUGUCACACAUGUCCCAUGGUUUGCCCGCUGAUCUUUGGAGCGUUGGCUGCAUGCUUUACACGCUCUUGGUGGGACGUCCGCCAUUCGACACAGACGCUGUACAGUCAACACUCAAUAAAGUGGUACACUCUGACUAUACAAUGCCAUCGCAUUUGUCCUAUGAAGCACGCGAUUUAAUCGACAAGCUAUUGAGAAAGAAUCCGCAUGAACGCAUCUCUUUGGAGCAGGUGCUCAGGCAUCCAUUCAUGUUAAAGGCAGGCGGCAGCACAAUAUCCUACACAACGUCAGGCUCAUCAGUAGAUUGUUAUGGUCAAAGCAUUGCCAGCGGUGAUAGUGGCAUUGUGACAUUUGCGAGCAAUGAUUCAAAGAACUCUCAACGGCUACGYUCAGUGGAACAGCAAUCCAUGCCACAAAUGCUUCCACAGAUUCAGGAGGAGUUUGGCUACUACCAGGAAAAUCAAAAACCGAAAUAUGCAGCCUUUAGGCUAGGGUCGACAGAGGCGGUGGACAACUCGGAUAUGGACUGGCAGCGAAUGGGGCCAAAUACACAAAAGGGCAAUUUCUUGGUGCACUCAACGCCAUCGCUUGCUCCUGCACCGGCAGACAUUAUAUUCGUUGCUGUUUUCUGUAGUGCUAUUUAUUGUGAAUUAAUUCUAAUUCUAAUUUUAGCGGACUGUUGCCAAUCAUGUAUGGCACGCAUACCCUAUGCAACGCUAAUAGCGACGCUUAUGUGUCUGCUGGGCGUUGGCAUCUUCUGUGGCACAAUGUAUCGAGGAGCCUCACUAACAGUYAUUAUGAUGGAUCAAGUUUUUCACCUCCGAUUAAUAUGGAUCGAGGCUGUGCAGAUGAUAUUUGUCAUAAUUGCUGCUGGCAUGGCUGCUCUCGGCUUCAUGAUAUUGUUUGUGGGCUUUCUGGCAACGGGUGCGACACGCUAUAAGGUUUACCGCGCGUGGCGAUCACGCGUCGGCGGUCGCAUCUCCUGUGCAGUGCUCAUGGGCAUUACGUAUCUGCUUAACUUCGUGUGGACGCUCAUUUUAUGCUUCUUGGUUAUAGUGACGUUCAUUUACACCAUGUUCUGGAAUAUGUGUGCGAGUGUUGAGCAUUCGCUGAGCUGUAUUGAUUUGACACAAUUCCAUUUCAUGUUUCCGCCAAAUACGAAGCUUGAAGACAUGAAGGUGUGUGAGAAGUAUGAGAUCAAAGCGUUUUGCAAAGAUGGUGUUGAGAACGCUGAGGUCAUGUUCAUUUUGGCCACGCUGUCUACACUUUUGGUUAUUCUCAGUCUGGUGCACUAUUUGAUGUGCCUUUCGGCCAAUUAUGCGCACAUUCGUGACCAUGAAAAGUUCCAAGAACUGCAGGAGAUACAAAAUCUCAACGAACUGGAAUAUAGCGCAACAUCGAARGAUCGCUUCUAGGAUUUAUUUAAAACUAUUUGAUUCGAGCUUCAUCAAAGA